GCCGGUGACCCGGACGUGUUCUCCGAUCGAUUUCCAGCUUCCCCGCCAAGAGCAGAGACCCCGGAAAGAAGCGGGCUGCCUUCCUGACAGACCAGCCGUCGGUCAUUUCCACCCCCGUGUGUCGCGUGCUCCGACCUCGUCCAGAGCAGUGGUGAGGAGAUGACUCUGUGGAGAUGAGCUCUUAAUUAAUGCACUGAGAGAACACGAGUCCCACCUCUCAACAGGGAUGACUGACAGCCAAGGUUUCAUAAAUUACACUAAUUGAGCUCCGCAACUCGACGGCCUUUCCGCAGCCAGCUCGUCAGAGAAGCCAGGAGCGGGCCACGAGGAAUCACCUCGGACAGACCUAGCCCUCGGGAGCAGACACUGAGCCAACCUGAAGGAAAUGCCCACCGGCCUCUGAUUCACCUCCGGUUUCCAGCUCCUCCCCGGCCGAGGCAGAGAAGCGGGAUCUCCGUGGCUCCGAGGCAGAGAUCUCGGAAGGCGUCCGAAGGGACGAAGAGCGGCGGCGGUGAGACCCGCUGAGCCCCGGGGGGAAUGAAGGAUGGAUGUGAAGGAGCGCCGGCCCUACUGCUCCCUGACCAAGGGCAGGCGGGACAAGGAGCGGCGAGGCGCCAAUCCGGCCGGCGAGCGGGACGACGGCUGCCGGGUGCCCACCCAGAAGUCCUACAGCUCCAGCGAGACGCUCAAGGCCUUCGACCAUGACUCUUCCCGCCUCCUCUACGGCAGCCGGGUGAAGGACCUCGUGCACCGCGAGGCCGACGAGUUCCCACGCCAAGGACAGAAUUUUACCCUCCGGCAGUUGGGGGUGUGUGAGCCGGCGGCGAGGCGAGGCCUGGCGUUCUGCGCGGAGAUGGGGCUCCCCCACCGAGGCUACUCUCUGAGCGCGGGCUCGGACGCGGACACGGAGAACGAAGGCGUCAUGUCCCCGGAGCGUGCCAUGCGGCUGUGGGGCAGGGGGGUCAAGUCGGGCCGCAGCUCCUGCCUCUCCAGCCGCUCCAACUCGGCCCUCACCCUGACCGACACCGAGCACGAGAACAAAUCCGACAGCGAGAACGGUCCUCCCAUGCCAUCCUCCUCAUCUAGUCCAACCGUUAUUGAGCUUUCACAUUCCCCUCCUCCAUCACCCAAUCUCCAUGACAACCAGAGGUGGUUGCUAAGUUCUAGUAGCAUCCGGCCAGUUCAGGACUCUGACACUGAUGAUGAGUACACUGUCAGCUCUUAUCUAGUCCAGACCGGGCUCGUUUCCGGAUCUGGCCCAGGCCAUGAGCAACCUGCCAACAAUCAAAGCCAGGCCACCCUGCAGCCGCCGCCCCCUCCCCCGCCGCCCCCCCCGCCGCCCCCUCACAAGCACCACCCGCCGUCCGUCACCUCCCUGAACCGCAACUCGCUGACCAACCGCAGGAACCAGAGUCCGGCCCCGCCGGCUGCCCUGCCCGCCGAGCUGCAAACCACGCCCGAGUCCGUCCAGCUGCAGGACAGCUGGGUCCUUGGCAGUAAUGUGCCACUGGAAAGCAGGCAUUUCCUCUUCAAGACGGGAACGGGGACAACGCCGCUGUUCAGUACCGCGACCCCGGGAUACACGAUGGCGUCGGGGUCCGUCUAUUCCCCUCCGACACGGCCCCUGCCUCGGAACACGCUGUCCCGGAGCGCUUUCAAGUUCAAGAAGUCGUCCAAGUACUGCAGCUGGAAAUGCACGGCACUGUGUGCGGUGGGCGUGGCCGUGCUCCUGGCCAUCCUCCUCUCGUACUUCAUAGCCAUGCAUCUGUUUGGCCUCAACUGGCAGCUGCAGCAGACUGAGAACGACGCGUUCGAGAACGGAAAGGUGAACCUAGACGCCGCACCGACGAACGCUGUGUCCCCGCCUCCCGGAGACAGCGGGAAACUAGGGGGCUCCACGCAGGAAAACAACAGCCUAGACUCCGGAGAACUGGACAUUGGCCGGAGAGCGGUUCAAGAGGUGCCCCCGGGGAUCUUCUGGAGGUCCCAGCUUUCCCUUGAGCAGCCCCAGUUCUUGAAGUUCAAUAUCUCCCUCCAGAAGGACGCACUGAUCGGCGUGUAUGGCCGCAAGGGGCUGCCGCCCUCCCACACCCAGUACGACUUUGUGGAACUCCUGGACGGCAGCCGGCUGAUCGCCAGGGAGCAGCGGAACCUGCUGGAGUUGGGCCGGUCGGGCCGGCAGGCGAGGUCGGUCAGCGUGCACGAGGCCGGCUUCAUCCAGUACCUGGACGCCGGCACCUGGCACCUGGCCUUCUACAAUGACGGGAAGCACCCCGAGCUGGUGGCCUUCAACACCAUCGUGAUCGAGUCCGUGGUCGAGUGUCCACGCAACUGCCACGGCAACGGCGAGUGCGUCUCUGGGACCUGCCACUGUUUCCCGGGGUUCCUGGGUCCGGACUGCUCUAGAGCGGCCUGCCCGGUGCUGUGCAGCGGGAACGGCCAGUACUCGCGAGGACGCUGCCUCUGCUUCAGCGGCUGGAAGGGGACGGAGUGCGACGUGCCCGGGUCCCAGUGCACCGACCCCCAGUGCGGGGGCCGCGGCGUCUGCAUCAUGGGCUCCUGCGCCUGCAACGCGGGCUACAAGGGCGAGACGUGCGAGGAAGCGGACUGCCUGGACCCCAGCUGCUCGGGUCACGGCAUGUGCAUCCACGGCGAGUGUCACUGCAACCCCGGCUGGGGCGGGGGCAACUGCGAGAUCCUCAGGACCCUGUGCCCGGACCAGUGCUCGGGCCACGGCACCUACAACCAGGACAGCGGCUCCUGCACCUGCGACCCCAACUGGACCGGCCCCGACUGCUCGAGCGAAAUCUGCCCGGUGGACUGCGGCCCCCAUGGGGUGUGCAUGGGGGGAGCCUGUCGCUGCGAAGAGGGCUGGACCGGGCCGGGCUGCAGCCAGCGAGCCUGCCACCCCCGCUGCGCUGAGCACGGGACCUGCAAGGAUGGGAAGUGCCAGUGCAAUCAGGGCUGGAACGGAGAGCACUGUACCAUCGAGGGCUGCCCGGGCCUGUGCAACAGCAACGGGAGGUGCACGCUGGACCAGAACGGCUGGCACUGCGUCUGCCAGCCCGGGUGGCGAGGGGCGGGCUGCGACGUCGCCAUGGAGACGCAGUGCACGGACAGCAAGGACAACGAAGGAGACGGGCUGGUGGACUGCAUGGACCCCGACUGCUGCCUGCAGAGCUCGUGCCAGAACCAGCUGUACUGCCGAGGGCUACCGGACCCCCAGGAUGUCAUCAGCCAGAGCCAGCAGGCCCCGCCCCAGCAGGCCGCCAAAUCCUUCUUCGACCGCAUCAGCUUCCUGACGGGGCCGGAGAGCACCCACGUCAUUCCUGGGGACACCCCCUUCAACAGGAGCCUGGCGUCGGUCAUCAGAGGCCAGGUGCUCACCGCCGACGGGACGCCCCUGAUCGGAGUCAACGUCUCCUUCUUCCACUACCCGGAGUACGGCUACACCAUCACUCGCCAGGACGGGAUGUUUGACCUGGUGGCCAACGGCGGCGCGUCGCUGACGCUGGUCUUCGAGCGGGCCCCGUUCCUCACGCAGUACCACACGGUGUGGAUCCCGUGGAACGUGUUCUACGUCAUGGACACGCUGGUCAUGAAGAAAGAGGAGAACGACAUCCCCAGCUGCGACCUGAGCGGAUUCGUCCGGCCGAACCCCAUCAUCGUCGCGUCCCCGCUGUCCACCUUCUUCCGCUCCUCCCCCGAGGACAGCCCCAUCAUCCCCGAGACCCAGGUGCUCCACGAGGAGACGGCCAUCCCCGGGACGGACCUGAAGCUCUCCUACCUGAGUUCUCGCGCGGCCGGCUACAAGUCGGUGCUGAAGAUCGCCAUGACGCAGGCGGCCAUCCCCUUCAACCUCAUGAAGGUCCACCUCAUGGUGGCCGUGGUGGGGCGGCUCUUUCAGAAGUGGUUCCCCGCCUCCCCCAACCUGGCCUACACCUUCAUCUGGGACAAGACGGACGCCUACAACCAGAAGGUCUACGGCCUCUCGGAGGCUGUGGUGUCCGUGGGUUACGAGUACGAGUCCUGCCUGGACCUGACUCUGUGGGAGAAGCGGACGGCCGUCCUGCAGGGCUACGAGCUGGACGCCUCCAACAUGGGGGGCUGGACGCUGGACAAGCACCACGUCCUGGACGUCCAGAACGGGAUCCUGUACAAAGGCAACGGGGAGAACCAGUUCAUCUGCCAGCAGCCGCCGGUGGUCAGCAGCAUCAUGGGCAACGGGAGACGCCGGAGCAUCUCCUGCCCCAGCUGCAACGGCCAGGCGGACGGCAACAAGCUGCUGGCCCCCGUGGCGCUGGCCUGCGGAGUGGACGGCAGCCUCUACGUCGGCGACUUCAACUACAUCCGCCGCAUCUUCCCCUCCGGAAACGUCACCAGCGUCCUGGAGCUCAGCAGCAACCCGGCCCACAGAUACUACCUGGCCAUCGACCCGGUGACCGGAGACCUGUACGUGUCCGACACCAAUACCCGCCGGAUCUAUAGGCCGCGCUCGCUCACCGGAGCCAAGGACCUGACCAAGAACGCCGACGUGGUGGCGGGAACUGGGGAGCAGUGCCUGCCGUUCGACGAGGCCAGAUGUGGCGACGGAGGCAAGGCCGUGGAGGCCACCCUCAUGAGCCCCAAAGGGAUGGCGAUCGACAAGAGCGGGCUGAUCUACUUCGUGGACGGGACCAUGAUCAGGAAGGUGGAUCAGAACGGAAUCAUCUCCACGCUCCUGGGCUCCAACGACUUGACUUCCGCCCGACCUCUGACCUGCGACACCAGCAUGCACAUCAGUCAGGUGCGCCUGGAAUGGCCCACGGACCUGGCCAUCAACCCCAUGGACAACUCCAUCUACGUGCUGGACAACAACGUGGUCCUGCAGAUCACGGAGAACCGGCAGGUCCGCGUGGCGGCCGGCCGGCCCAUGCACUGCCAGGUCCCCGGCGUGGAGUACUCGGCCGGCAAGCUGGCCGUGCAGACCACGCUCGAGUCGGCCACGGCCAUCGCCGUCUCCUACAGCGGCGUCCUCUACAUCACCGAGACGGACGAGAAGAAGGUCAACCGCAUCCGACAGGUCACCACCGACGGCGAGAUCUCCCUGGUGGCCGGAGUCCCCUCGGACUGCGACUGCAAGAACGACGUCAACUGCGACUGCUACCAGGCGGGCGACGGCUACGCCAAGGACGCCAAGCUGAGCGCCCCCUCUUCGCUGGCCGCCUCCCCCGACGGCACGCUCUACGUGGCCGACCUGGGCAACAUCCGCAUCCGCGCCGUGGCCCGCAACCGGCCCCUGCUGAGCGCCCUGAACGUUUACGAGAUCGCCUCGCCCGCCGACCAGGAGCUGUACAUCUUCGACGUCAACGGCACGCACCAGUACACCCUGAGCCUGGUGACCGGGGACUACCUCUACAACUUCAGCUACAGCAACGACGACGACGUGACGGCCGUGACCGACAGCAACGGCAACACGCUCAGGAUCCGCCGCGACCCCAACCGCUUGCCCGUGCGCGUGGUCUCCCCCGACAACCAGGUCAUCUGGCUGACCAUCGGCACCAACGGCUGCCUCAAGAGCCUGACGGCCCAGGGCCUGGAGCUGGUGCUCUUCACCUACCACGGCAACAGCGGGCUCCUGGCCACCAAGAGCGACGAGACCGGAUGGACCACCUUCUUCGACUAUGACAGCGAGGGCCGUCUGACUAACGUCACCUUCCCCACGGGCGUGGUGACAAACCUCCACGGGGACAUGGACCGGGCCAUCACGGUGGACAUCGAGUCGUCCAGCAGAGACGAGGACAUCAGCAUCACCUCCAACCUGUCCUCCAUUGACUCCUUCUACACGAUGGUCCAAGACCAGCUGCGGAACAGCUACCAGAUCGGCUACGACGGGUCGCUGCGGAUCCUGUACGCCAGCGGCCUGGACUCCCACUACCAGACGGAGCCGCACGUCCUGGCCGGCACGGCCAACCCCACGGUGGCCCGGCGGAACAUGACGCUGCCGGGAGACAAUGGCCAGAACCUGGUGGAGUGGCGUUUCCGCAAGGAGCAGGCCCAGGGCAAGGUCAACGUCUUCGGUCGCAAGCUCAGGGUGAACGGCAGGAACCUCCUCUCGGUCGACUUCGACCGCACCUCGAAGACGGAGAAGAUCUACGACGACCACCGGAAGUUCCUGCUGAGGAUCGCUUACGACACGUCGGGGCACCCCACCCUCUGGCUGCCCAGCAGCAAGCUCAUGGCGGUCAACGUGACCUACUCCUCCACGGGCCAGAUAGCCAGCGUCCAGCGCGGAACCACCAGCGAGAAAGUGGAUUACGACGGGCAGGGGCGGAUCGUGUCCCGCGGCUUUGCGGACGGAAAGACGUGGAGUUACACGUACUUGGAGAAGUCCAUGGUGCUGCUGCUGCACAGCCAGCGCCAGUACAUCUUCGAAUACGACGCCCUGGACCGCCUGGCGGCGGUGACGAUGCCCAGCGUGGCCCGCCACACCAUGCAGACCAUCCGCUCGGUGGGCUACUACCGUAACAUCUACACGCCGCCGGAGAGCAACGCCUCGGUGGUCACGGACUUCACGGAGGAGGGCCUGCCGCUGCAGACGGCCUUCCUGGGCACCAGCCGCCGCGUCCUGUACCGCUACCGGCGCCAGACGCGGCUGGCCGAGGUCCUGUACGACAGCACGCGGGUCAGCUUCACCUACGACGAGGCGGCGGGCGUGCUGAAGACGGUGAACCUGCAGAGCGAGGGCUUCAUCUGCACGCUGCGCUACCGGCAGGUGGGCCCGCUGGUCGACCGGCAGAUCUACCGCUUCAGCGAGGACGGGCUGGUCAACGCCCGCUUCGACUACAGCUACGACAACAGCUUCCGCGUGACCAGCAUGCAGGGGGUCAUCAACGAGACGCCGCUGCCCAUCGACCUGUACCAGUUCGACGACAUCUCGGGCAAGGUGGAGCAGUUCGGCAAGUUCGGCGUCAUCUACUACGACAUCAACCAGAUCAUCUCCACGGCCGUCAUGACCUACACCAAGCACUUCGACGCCCACGGCCGCAUCAAGGAGAUCCAGUACGAGAUCUUCCGCUCGCUCAUGUACUGGAUCACGGUGCAGUACGACGGCAUGGGCCGGGUGACCCGGCGGGAGAUCAAGAUCGGGCCCUUCGCCAACACCACCAAGUACGCCUACGAGUACGACGUGGACGGCCAGCUGCAGACGGUCUACCUCAACGAGAAGAUCGCCUGGCGCUACAACUACGACCUCAACGGCAACCUCCACCUGCUCAACCCCGGCAACAGCGCCCGCCUGACCCCGCUGCGCUACGACCUGCGGGACCGCAUCACCCGGCUGGGCGACGUCCAGUACCGGCUGGACGAGGACGGCUUCCUGCGCCAGCGGGGGGCCGAGAUCUUCGAGUACGGCUCCAAGGGCCUGCUGGCCCGCGUCUACAGCAAGGGCAGCGGCUGGACCGUGGUCUACCGCUACGACGGCUUCGGCCGCCGCGUGUCCAGCCGGACCAGCCUGGGCCAGCACCUGCAGUUCUUCUACGCCGACCUGACCUACCCGACGCGGGUCACCCACGUGUACAACCACUCCAGCUCCGAGAUCACCUCCCUCUACUACGACCUGCAGGGCCACCUGUUCGCCAUGGAGAUCAGCAGCGGCGACGAGUUCUACAUCGCCUGCGACAACACCGGCACCCCGCUGGCCGUGUUCAGCAGCAACGGGCUCCUGCUCAAGCAGGUCCAGUACACGGCCUACGGCGAGGUCUACUUCGACUCCAACCCGGACUUCCAGCUGGUCGUCGGCUUCCACGGCGGCCUCUACGACCCGCUCACCAAGCUGGUCCACUUCGGCCAGAGGGACUACGACAUCCUGGCCGGCCGCUGGACCGCCCCCGACGUGGAGCUCUGGAAGAGGAUCGGGCGCGACCCUGCCCCCUUCAACCUCUACAUGUUCCGGAACAACAACCCCGCCAGCAAGAUCCACGACGUCAAAGACUACAUCACCGAUGUCAACAGCUGGCUGGUGACAUUUGGCUUCCACCUGCACAAUGCCAUCCCCGGCUACCCCGUGCCCAAGUUCGACCUGACGGAGCCUUCCUACGAGCUGGUGAAGAGUCAGCAGUGGGACGACGUGCCGCCCAUCUUCGGGGUCCAGCAGCAGGUGGUGCGUCAGGCCACGGCCUUCCUGUCCCUGGGCAAGAUGGCGGAGGUGCAGCCCAGCCGGCGGCGCCUGGGCGGGGAGAAGUCGUGGCUGUGGUUCGCCACGGUCAAGUCCCUGAUCGGCAAAGGGGUCAUGCUGGCCGUGAGCCGCGGCCGCGUGCUGACCAACGUGCUCAACAUCGCCAACGAGGACUGCAUCAAGGUGGCCGCGGUGCUCAACAACGCCUACUACCUGGAGAACCUGCACUUCGCCAUCGAGGGCAAGGACACGCACUACUUCAUCAAGACGGCCUCGCCCGAGACCGACCUGGGCACCCUGCGCCUGACCAGCGGGCGCAAGGCGCUGGAGAACGGCAUCAACGUGACCGUGUCCCAGUCGACCACGGUGGUCAACGGGCGCACGCGGCGCUUCGCCGACGUGGAGAUGCAGUACGGGGCCCUGGCCCUGCACGUCCGCUACGGGAUGACCCUGGACGAGGAGAAGGCCCGCAUCCUGGAGCAGGCCCGCCAGCGGGCCCUGGCCCACGCCUGGGCCCGCGAGCAGCAGCGGGUGCGCGACGGAGAGGAGGGGGCUCGCCUCUGGACCGAGGGGGAGAAGCGCCAGCUGCUGAGCGCCGGCAAGGUGCAGGGCUACGACGGGUACUACGUACUGUCGGUGGAGCAGUACCCCGAGCUGGCCGACAGCGCCAACAACAUCCAGUUCCUCCGACAAAGCGAGAUCGGCAAGAGGUAACAGGCGGCCGACCGCCCUCGGCCCCGACGGUCGCCGGGGACCCCCGGGAAGACCGACCCCCCCGCUGCCGGGACGGGAGC